AUGAACCUUACAACAACCAGCCGCCUUGGAUGCACGCUCACACAAGGCUCUGCCGUAUCUGGGACGCGCUACGCCAGUCACUCACGCCCCCUAGAACGCACAGCGUGUUGGAUGGAGCUCGCCUGCUUUGGCGGCUUUCCGAAGGUUCCGUCCCUCUCAGGCUCGAUGGUGCAGCAGCGCCAGGACCUUCUGGCGUCCACCAAAGGCGCCGGUGAGCCUGAAGUCAUCAUCCGCGUUGAGUUUGAGUUGUUUGAUGAUGAGUCUCCCAAAACGUGUGCGAAUUUCCGUCACUUGUGCGCGGGGCAGACCACCAGUCGCCAAGGGCAGACGUACUUGUACCAGGGCCUCACGCCGUGUUACCGUGGGACGUACAUUCACAAGAUUAUCCCCGCCUUCUGCGCCCAGGGGGGAGACUUGACGAUGCGUGUGGACAGGGGCGCGAAUUACUUUUCCAGCUUUGGCCGUGGCUGGUUCGCGGACGAAAACAAACGACACCGCCUCAAUAAAAUUGGCCUUCUCCUUAUGGCCAACAAUGGGCCCAACAGUAACGGCUCGCAGUUUUUCAUCACCACCUCCGACGCGGAUGAAAAGGCGCUCAGCGGCCGCCAUGUCUGCUUUGGCCGGAUCACGCGUGGCCUCGACGAGUUUAUGCGGGAGGUGGCGCCCUACGGCGACCGCAACGGCUACCCCUCACGAUUUGUAGUUAUCGUUGACUGUGGCGUGGGCCCGCUGCCGACGACGCUGGGCACCGUCAGCAGCUGGGGCGAGGCGCAGGAGCCGCCGCGCCAGGCAGACGCGGAGGAGGUCCAAUCAGAGGCGGAAAGCGAGGGCGCUGCAGCCGUGGUUGCUGGCGGAGCCGUGGACACUGCCGCGUCGGUCGAGGCGAAGAAGGGGGAGGAAGGCGUGGAGGAAGAAACCACUACAGUGGAAACGGUCAAGCAACCAUCGGCGGCGACUAGUGAAAAGAAGGUCGCCCACGUCAGCUUCAAGGAGGGUUGCCAUUAA